GGCACACGACAGACAUACCAGAGACAAACAACAUGGUGUAUUGUUUAGUGUUCGGGUGUUCCCAUCAAACCGGUUGGAAACAGACGUGUAGCCUGUUUAGGUUCCCUGUUAACCUCAAGGAGAGGGAAAAAUGGGUCGAACAAUGCAGACGUGUGGACAGGGAGGUAAACAUCUACAAUGACAGAAUAUGUAGCUGUCAUUUCCUUGAUGGAAAGAAAGAGAAUGGGCCAACUAUUUUUUGUUUUAGUAAAGACGUUGGCUGUUUCCCUAAAAUACCCACCCCAACAAAGAUAGUUCAAAGCAGAACACACUAUUCACGUAGUGAGAUCUAG